UAACGCAUUUUUGUCAACAAAACAUUGUUGUAAUUUAGACGUGAUUUGUUCUUUGCUAAUUUUUGUUUUAUAAUUUUAAAGGGAAAUAGGUAGUAACCAGUUAUCGUUUUCCAGAAGAGUUAAAAUACUGAAGGUGCUGCAUAAACACGCACGCACAUAGCAACUCAGAAUUCAUAUUUAAGUAGUUUGUAGCUCAAACAUGUCGGAAAGAAAAGUUUUGAAUAAAUACUACCCUCCAGAUUUCGAUCCAUCGAAAAUACCUCGUCUUCGCCUUCCUCGCGAUCGACAAUAUACAGUCAGGUUGAUGGCUCCAUGCAACAUGAGGUGUAAAACAUGUGGCGAAUAUAUUUAUAAAGGGAAAAAAUUCAAUGCCCGUAAAGAAACAGUACAAAAUGAGGAAUAUCUAGGAAUAAAAAUAUUCCGAUUCUACAUCAAAUGUCCAAGAUGCCUUGCUGAAAUAACAUUUAAGACAGAUCCUGAAAAUGCUGAUUAUAUUGUAGAACAUGGUGCUUCUAGAAACUUCCAAGCCCUUAAACUUGCUGAAGAAGCUGCUGCUAAAGAAGCUAAAGAAUUGGAAGAAGAAGAAAAAAAUAAUCCCAUGAAGCUUUUAGAGAACAGGACCAAGGCAUCAAAACAGGAAAUGGAAUUGAUGGAAACACUUGAAGAAUUGAAGGAUCUUAAUCAAAGACAUGCCAAAGUAGAUUUGGAGCGAUUGUUAGAAGAAAAACAGCAGAUGUUGGUAAAUGAAAUAAAACGACAAGAAGAAGAAGAUGAAGCCCUCAUUAGAUCCUGUUUUGGAAAAUCUGGAGGGCAAACCAUAAAAAGGAUAGUUGAAGAAAAUGAAACUGCUUCAUGUAUGCUCAAAGGAGAACAAGAACCUCCCAAGAAGAAACAAAAAUUAAAUGCAAGCAUUGGAAUAUUGCUUAAAAAAUCAAAUACAGCCCUUGUCAAAGUUAAAGACAAAUCUGCCUUAUCAAGUACUGUAAACUGUGGGACUUCUGAAAAGGUUUCUUUUAGUAAUACGUCAUCUACUGAACCUAAACAAAAUGCUUUAAGCUUAUUGGGUUCGUACUCUGGUAGUGACAGUGAUUAAAUGUACCAGUGAUAUCUGGUAGUGAUAGUGAUUAAAUCUUUCAAUGGAAAUACAAAAUGGAAUUUGUGGAUAAAUUAUACAUGUUAUCAAGAAAGUGAGAAAUUUGGCAUUGUAUACAAUAUGUAAGUUUUAAUAUAAUGCUGAUAACACAUGCAUAAACUUUCCAGUAUCACCAGAAGAUUAUUGUGAAGUAUGUAUGUAAAAUAUUAGUUUUGUACAUAAAUACUUAUAUAAGAAUAUAUAAAGUUUUAUCUUUUUCAAUACUCA